UCUUGCCUUUCUUUGCCUGAGUUUUCAGUCACUUAAAAUUGUCUGUGAGGAUGCAGUUAGCAUGCCAGGAAUAUACAGUAAAGAGCAAGGUGGAUCUUCUUCACGGAGGUUACUGUGUGAGACGAAAGACAGUUCACUAUUCAUCACUGGAAAUACUGUACGUGCUACUGAAAAACAAGGAUUUUAUUGAGGAUCUAUCUUGGGAUCCCAUGGCUUUCUUUACUGGGCUCUGGGGCCCCUUCACCUGUGUAAGCAGAGCGCUGAGCCAUCGCUGUUUCAGCACCACUGGGAGUCUGAGUGCGAUUCAGAAGAUGACGCGGGUACGAGUGGUGGACAACAGUGCCCUGGGGAACAGCCCAUACCAUCGGGCUCCUCGCUGCAUCCAUGUCUAUAAGAAGAAUGGAGUGGGCAAGGUGGGCGACCAGAUACUACUGGCCAUCAAGGGACAGAAGAAAAAGGCGCUCAUUGUGGGGCACUGCAUGCCUGGCCCCCGAAUGACCCCCAGAUUCGACUCCAACAACGUGGUCCUCAUUGAGGACAAUGGGAACCCUGUGGGGACUCGAAUUAAGACACCCAUCCCCACCAGCCUGCGCAAGCGGGAAGGCGAGUAUUCCAAGGUGCUGGCCAUUGCUCAGAACUUUGUGUGAGUUGAGCCCAGGCCUCUGGUUGCAGGACUCGUGAAUGGAGCAGUUCUGAGAACCACACUUUUGCUAAGGGAGCUUGGGAGCCACAUGGCUGCUCCCUUCACACUGGGUAACAGUGUAGUAUCCUGUGAGAGAAUAAAUGUAUUCAUUUA